UAAAUGGUUAGUAAACCAGCAUGCAAGGAGGAAUAUGAGUUGCAUUAUUUUAGGAAUUAAAGAUCACAGGCGCAGACUAGUACAUAAAUUGACCUUAAAACGGAGGAGAUAGUGAGAAUAUCAACCUUCACUGAUAACAGCACGCUCCAUGUACAUGUAGCUACAGAAGGGGGUCAAUAUUAUGUAAGCAGUGUAAACAUGAUCGGCGCAGACGGGAUAUCCAGAGAUAUCCACACGUACACAUCUUCUAUUCUUGGCUUGGCAAAAUGGAGGGCGAAUAUCGCUACGACCCGUUGACCUUCAGUGUGACAGAUGCUAUGAAGGCCGACUAUGACCGCCUUGGCUACGUCCUGGUGCGUGGUCUUCUUGAUGCGGAAGAGAUGAAAAUGUUGCAUACCUCACUGGAGGGUCCUGGGGGAAUUAUGGACCACGCCUUCAUGGUGGACGACGGGCUGCAGAAACAGGUGGGCCUGUGUAUCUGGAGUCAUCCAGGAAAUGACGUCACUGGCAUGCUGGCCCGGGCAGAGAAAACUGCAAGAACGGCAGAACUGCUGAUGGGCCAUGGAGAGGUGUAUCAUUACCACAGUAAGGUGACGUUCAAGGCGGCCAGGAGUGGAGGUAGCUGGAGAUGGCACCAAGAUUACGGGUAUUGGUACAAUAACGGUUGCCUAUUCCCAUACAUGUGCACUGCGUACAUUGGUUAUGAUAAAAGUGGCAAAGAAAAUGGCGGAUUGCAGAUAUUACCAGGCUCCCACAAGGCAGGGCGGGUGGACCACGACAGAGAGGGUGGUCAGUUUGGAGUGAAUGAAGAGCGUGUCCAGCAACUGGCCAAAGUUUGUCCUGUGAUGUCCGUUGAGCUUGACCCCGGUGAUGCCCUGUUUUUCGACUGUAACCUCCUGCACAAGAGCGACGCCAAUGAAAGCGACAGGCGUCGCUGGUCAUUUUUACUCUGCUACAACACCAAAGUGAACAACCCAGUAAAACAGCACCACCACCCGUGUUAUACGCCGUUGGACAUAGUGCCUAACUCUGCCAUCAAGACGUGUACUAACUACACGGACAUGACUGGGAAGGAAUUCAUGAACCCUGACACCGACCAAACAACAAGAUACAAUCCAAAUAGUGCCGUUCAGAAAUAAUCAUUGUGCAGCAAAAUUGGGAUGGAAUUAAUGCAUUUCAAUCUUUAAUAAUCAUUAAAUCUAACGUGCAUAUUGCGCCAUGUAAGAACCGUCUUACAGUUAGAUGUUGGGAUGACUGGCAGAUGAUUAUUUGGUGAUAAAUCGACCAUUUUCUAAACAAUUACCACUCCAGUAGGCCAAUACGAUGUUGGUAGACGUUGUAUUUUGGUUAAAUUGUGAGCAAAGUUCGCAUAACUUGUUUCUCAUCUCUGCUUCUUACAUGAGAACAUAACGCAUCGAUAAUGGUUUAUAGUACACCUUUCCGAAUGGUAUGAUAGAGACAUGGGGAGACGACACUCAAGAGGAGCUACAGAAAUUCAGCGACACUCACAGGGCAAGUGUAGAUGUAACGCUAUUUAAAGCGAGGUGUAUCCGCAGGGUCUACUAUAUACAGAAAGACAUGUUAUAAAGUAUUUAGAGAAACAGCAAAAAGUCUUGUUCUUAAUACUAAUACCGAUAAAGAUGACUCGAUUUUUUUGUCA